UAAAGUGAGUGAAUUGUGCAGUGUACAUUGUGCAAGCUUGUAGUGAUUCAUAUUUCCUUUUCGUGUGUUAACUAAAUUAUAUUUAAAAAUGUCUGGACGUGGUAAAGGUGGUAAAGUGAAGGGCAAGGCAAAGUCGCGUUCAAAUCGUGCUGGUCUUCAAUUUCCUGUCGGUCGUAUACACCGUUUGUUGCGCAAAGGCAAUUAUGCUGAACGUGUUGGUGCUGGUGCUCCCGUAUAUUUAGCUGCUGUUAUGGAAUAUUUGGCAGCUGAAGUUCUUGAAUUGGCUGGUAAUGCUGCCCGUGAUAACAAAAAGACAAGAAUUAUUCCAAGACAUUUACAAUUGGCCAUCCGUAAUGAUGAAGAAUUGAAUAAACUAUUAUCUGGAGUCACUAUUGCUCAAGGUGGUGUUUUGCCAAAUAUUCAAGCUGUACUUUUACCAAAGAAGACUGAGAAAAAAGCAUAAAUUUCUAUCUCGGAGAGACAUAUUAUCUAAAAAAAGAAUAAAACCGUCCUUUUCAGGA